AAAAAGUCCGCAAAUAACAAAACCAUUGACCCAAAAAAAAAAAGAAAAAAACAGAGAGAACUUGGGAGCAUCAUUUCCAAUCGGCACUCUCUAGAGGAGAGAGAGAGAGAGAGAGAGAGAGAGAACAAAAUGGGGAUAUCGGAUGAAAUAUCACCGGCGGAUGCGCACGGCGGCAGCAGCCCUGGAAAGGAGCAGCAGGCGGCGGGAGUGGGCAUACUUCUACAGAUCAUGAUGCUUGUUCUCUCCUUCGUCCUCGGCCAUGUCCUCCGUCGUCACAAAUUCUAUUAUCUUCCUGAAGCCAGUGCCUCUCUUCUCAUAGGUUUAAUUGUGGGUGGUCUUGCUAAUAUAUCUAACACAGAAACUAGCAUCAGGUCUUGGUUCAAUUUUCAUGAAGAAUUUUUCUUCCUAUUCCUGUUACCUCCCAUCAUAUUUCAGUCGGGGUUCAGUCUCUCUCCUAAACCAUUCUUUUCAAACUUUGGAGCCAUCGUGACAUUUGCUAUCCUUGGCACAUUUAUAGCUUCAAUGGUUACUGGUGUUCUAGUAUACCUUGGUGGUCUUACGUACCUCAUGUACAGACUUCCAUUUGUUGAGUGUCUGAUGUUUGGUGCUCUUAUAUCAGCAACAGAUCCGGUCACUGUUUUGUCCAUCUUUCAGGAACUUGGCACAGACACGAACCUGUAUGCCCUGGUAUUUGGAGAAUCUGUUUUGAAUGAUGCAAUGGCAAUUUCUUUGUACAGGACAAUGUCACUGUACAGAAGUCAUGCCUCCUCUGGAGAAAACUUCUUCAUGGUGAUUGUCAGGUUUCUUGAGACCUUUGUUGGCUCACUGUCUGCAGGUGUUGGAGUUGGAUUUACUUCUGCUUUGCUUUUCAAGUAUGCAGGAUUGGAUAUUGACAAUCUUCAAAACUUGGAGUGCUGUCUCUUUGUGCUAUUUCCAUAUUUCUCGUACAUGCUUGCAGAAGGUGUUGGACUGUCUGGUAUUGUAUCGAUAUUGUUCACAGGAAUUGUCAUGAAGCAUUACACAUAUUCAAAUUUGUCAGAAAAGUCUCAACAAUUCGCGCAAGCGUUUUUUCAUUUGCUUUCAUCAUUAGCAGAGACAUUUGUAUUUAUAUAUAUGGGCUUUGAUAUUGCCAUGGAACAGCAUAGUUGGUCACAUGUUGGAUUCAUUUUUUUCUCAAUUUUAUUUAUUGUAGUUGCCAGGGCUGUGAAUGUUUUUUCCUGUGGAUAUCUGGUCAAUUUGGUCCGACCUGCACAUCGACAGAUACCUGCAAAGCAUCAAAAAGCACUUUGGUAUAGCGGACUUCGAGGAGCUAUGGCUUUUGCCCUUGCUCUGCAAUCAGUUCAUGAUCUUCCAGAAGGACAUGGCCAGACAAUAUUCACUGCAACCACUGCAAUUGUUGUUUUGACGGUGUUGUUGAUUGGUGGUUCAACUGGUACCAUGCUGGAAGCAUUACACGUUGUAGGUGAUAGCCAUGAUGGCCAUGAUGGCUCCUUAGGUGAAAGUUUUGAAGAGAACAAUGGCUACAUGGCUCCCUCAUAUGAUGAGGCAUUAUCAUCAGGGAACAAGAUCAAGAUGAAACUUAAAGAGUUCCAUAAAAGCACGGCAUCGUUCACGGCAUUAGAUAGGAACUACCUCACCCCAUUCUUUACAAGUAACAAUGGAGAUGAAGACGAAGAUGAAGAAGAGCAAGAUGUGCCAAUGCCUAGUUCUGGAAGAGGGGGCUUCCGUGGCCGUGGUCGUGUCUAAGAGCAGUGACAAUUUCUUCAGAAGCAUGUGAAAGGAGUUAUAUUGUAGAUAAUUACCAAAAUGCAUACUAGAGAUAGCUGAGUAGGUUAACUGCCGAAAUGGACGGAUGCAUCAUUAUCAACUUUGUGCAUUCCUACUUACUAAAACACAGCUGUAAAAUUGUGAAGUAUGAGGGAGACAUUGUGGCCUAGUACUAGUACAGUUGGGCACCUGUUGCUGAAUGUCAUUGUGGCCUGUACCAUUAAAUGGAUUUGUAAAUACUGGAUUCAACAAGUUUUACCACCUGCAAAUUUAAAUUUUAUAUACACAUUUGGAUCA